AUGGAAGACUUGCAACAGGUCGAAAAGCUGGAGUCACAUCUGCAUAGACUGGUGGACAAGACGCGGAAGAAGCGUGACAGUGUCGAUGAAUUGAGGCACCAACUUAGGCGAGCCACCAAUGAAGCGAUGCAAUACCAGAGGGAAUGCAGCAAACAUGCCAUAUACUACUCUAGGAGCCAAUGCUUGCACUUGGCCAACUUGAUGCAGCAGAAACUUCCCGCGGAGCUACGCGAUAUGAUAUACGAAUUUCUGGUUGUGGAAGACCGUCCUAUCUAUGUUGGGCCAUAUUAUCAUCUACGUACCUACCAUGGACAUAAUCUUAAUCCACCUCCGCCAGACGAGUUGUCGCCUGAGGAGGAAUUGAUCGUGAGAGAAUUGCGUCUUAAAAACACAGAAGCUUUGGAUGUCGACAGUGACGGCGUAAGCCCAGAACUCACCGAACGCAUCCGGAAGCUAGAUCUCACCUAUUCCAACGAGUGCACCAACCAGAAUGGCGGCCAAACCACCCUUCCAGAUGGACGUGUAAAACAAGUACACACCUACCAUCCACCUGAGGACAUGGUGCUUCCCAGCAGUUACUUGCUGAACCCCAGAUACUUUGGGCCUGCGAUGUCAGCUGAGAUACAGAAGGUGUAUUACACGCAAAACACGUUUUCCAUAUGCAGCAUUGAACAAGCGAUACGCAACUUUGGAACUCUCCACUCGGGCUAUUACAUGCAGACGUGGGAGAAAGACGGCAGGCCACGAGAGGUACCAGACGACUUAAAGCUGCAGCCGCUAUUUUACCCUGUAAAUCACGUCCGCGACCUCCAAAUCCGCGUCAAGUGUGAGCAAUACCAGCCGAACGUCUAUGACCCGUGUGCAUACGAAAACCUGCAGCUUUUUCUGCGCCAAAUCUGGUCGAACAUAUCGAAACUCGAUCUGUUCGUGGGACGUGGCUUGCCAUUUGGAACGAGGAUUGAGAUCGUUCUCAUGACCCAGUUCGGAGAUCUUGGGGAUGACGACAACCGUAUGUACGCUGAAUGCGCAUAUGUCAACUUCCUGCAAUGCAUUAGGAACAUGGUCUACAAGUUGAUGUAUGACCAUGACGACGUCUGUGUCACGGUCACGCAUCAUGAUGAACACAACCUCCCACUGCAACUAGCGCCGGAUAUCACGGGGGUGUUUGCACUGACCAAAGAGCGAUGGGAAUAUGAAAAGUCUUUCCGCAGGGGACUAGGAGACGAUGUCGACAAGUUCUAUGUAGUGCCCGCUUGGCGGGACCAAGAGCGGGAAGAGUUUGUUCAUGGGUACGAUUUUGAUGAGAUUGGGCAGUAUAUUCGGGAGCGUUGGGGUCUGGAAGAUGCAUUCGAUAGAGCGACUACGCACGAAAUUAGAGAAGGGAGGUAUUGGCCCAGACCCGUUCAAGCUGACAGAGGGGCUUAGUGAAAAUGGCUCAGCGCGGAAGGUCCAUACGAGGGGAGGAUGAUGACGUAGUGGAUGUUAGUAGAAGGGGAUUUUAUUCAG